GCGGUCCUCCUCAGGGCGGCCCGGCUUACCCGCAGCAGGCUGGUGAUCGCCAGUCGCCCGCUGGCCCCGCCGCUGGCCCUGUUACCGGCGGCCCCCAGCAGGGCGGAUACCCCGCCGGCGGCCCGGCUGGCGGCCCCACUGGCCAGAGUGGCUACCCCGCCGGCGGCCCGGCUGGCGGCCCGCAACAGAGCGGAUACCCGGCCGGUGGCCCGGCUGGCGGCCCCACUGGCCAGAGUGGCUACCCCGCUGGUGGCCCGGCUGGCGGCCCUCAGCAGAGCGGCUACCCGGCCGGCGGUGCGGCGGCUGGUGGGCCGACUGGCGGCCCUCAGGGCUAUCCUGUCGGUGGCCAGGGCGGCUUCCCGGCCGGCCCGGCUGGCGGCCCUCAGCAGAGCGGAUACCCGGCCGGCGGUGCGGCGGCUGGCGGGCCGACUGGCGGGCCUCAGGGCUAUCCUGUCGGCGGACCGCAGCAGCAGGGCGGAUGGGGCGGACCCCAGCAGCAGCAGGGCGGCGCUCCCCCCGCUGGAGCCGGCUCUCCGCACGGAUCCGGCACCGGCUACGCUCCUCUGGGCGGUGGCCCCGCAGUUCCGGCCCAGGGAGACGCGGCGAAGCAGGGCGACAGCAGUGCGGCCGCUGGCGGCCCCACUGGCUCGGGCGGUGCCUCCGGACAGCCGCAGUCGCAGCAGCAGCCGCCGCAGGGCGGAUGGGGAGGACCCCAGCAGCAGCAACAGGGCGGCUACCCUCCGCAGCAGGGCGGAUGGGGCGGACCUCAGCAACAAGGUGGUUGGGGUGGACCCCAGCAGCAGCAGCAGGGCGGCUGGGGCGGUCCUCAGCAACAGUGGGGCGGCCCGCAGCAGCAGCAGGGCGGCUGGGGCGGCGCGCCUCAGCAGCAAUGGGGCGGCCAACAGCAGCAGUGGGGCGGCCCGCAGCAGCAGCAGGGCGGAUGGGGAGGCGCACCUCAGCAGCAGGGCGGCUGGGGCGGACCUCAGCAGCAAUGGGGCGGUCCGCAGCAGCAACAGCAGUGGGGCGGACCUCAGCAGGGUGGUUGGGGAGGACCUCAGCAGCAGGGCGGCUGGGGCGGACCUCAGCAGCAGGCGUCCUCGGCUGCUCCGACAGGCGGCGCGGCUCCCCAGGCCGGUGGCCCGCCCAAGCAGUAGACCCCCACUGGGACUCCAUCCUCACCCCUCCUUCAUGAAGGCGAAGUAA